AUGGAGCUACAAGGACAAAAGCAAGUGAUAAAAAAAAAUGCUGCAUUGCCUAUCAAAGCUCAAAUGGCAUCACGUGAGGUUGCAUAUCUUAUUGCUCAGAGGAAAAAGCCACACAUAAUAGGAGAAGAGCUUAUCAAACCUGCUGCACUGGCAAUGUGUAGAGCUAUUCAUGGAGAAAAGAUGGCUCGCGAACUUGAAUCCAUACCCCUGUCAAACAAUGCGGUUGGUAGGCGAAUUCGUGAGACUGCAAGUGACAUACUGAUUCAGUUGAUGGAGAGAGUUAAGAAUGUAAAUUAUGCUUUACAAUUAGAUGAAUCAACCGACAUUUCUAGUUCUUCUCAAUUACUUGUAUUUAUAAGAUAUAGCUUCAAUGGAAAAUUGAAUGAAGAUAUGUUUUUUUCCCUUGCCCUAAAAGGAAAGUGUACAGGAGAUGAUAUUUUCAUGGCAUUAGAUAAAAAACUUCAUGAGCUUGGACUUUCUUGGGAUCGGUGUGUAGGUAUAUGCACAGAUGGAGCCGGGGCAAUGUUAGGUAAAAAGAAAGGACUAAAAGCAAAGGUACAUAAUGUAGCUCCUCAUAUACGUUUUACUCACUGUAUUACUCAUCGAGAAGCUCUCGCUUGCAAAGCCAUUGUUCCCGAACUUAAAACUGUUUUUGAUACAGCUGCUUUACUGUGCAAAGACACGGGCUCAGACCAUGAAGCAUUGUUGCUUCACACAGAAAUCAGAUGGCUCUCCAGGGGAAAAGUUUUCACACGGCUGUAUCAGCUGAGAGAUGAGGUCCUCCUAGUCCUUCUGGAAUCACACUCUGGUUAG